AUGAGGCUCGUAUUUUGUUCUCCUGUUCUUUGCGAAUUGAAAACCUUAUGUUAUCUUGUGAAAACGGAUGCCUGCAGGACAGUUCUUACAAGAGUCAGUGGUGACUUUGUUAGACGACAUACUACGAAACUACUUCGUCUCGAGGAUAAUUAUCUUGUACCUCAUUUUCAGCCGCUUAGCCCAAUCAAAAAAGAGGAAACGGUCUCAGGGAGCUCUUCCAUACAGCAUACUCAGCAGGGUCCAGCACAGGAGAUUCAUUUGGACCGACUAGUAGGUAAAACCGACACCGAUUGCCUCGUGAACCUACGGAUGGACCGAAAUACAUUUGGAAAACUAUGUAGAAUGUUCAGAGAGUUAGGCCUCCUGCGCGACAAACGGUUUGUAUGCAUUGAAGAACAAGUUGCAAUCUUCUUGGGAGUUUUGGCACAUCAUAAGAAAAACAGGAUUGUAAGAUUCAAUUUUAUGCGAUCUGGUCAUACAAUUUCCGGAUAUGUGCACAAAGUUUUGAAGGCCGUAAUACAGAUGCAGUCACGAUUCAUUGCGAAGCCGGAUCCCAUCAAGGAGGACUGCGUCGACUACAGGUGGAAAUGGUUCAAGGGUUGUCUUGGUGCAUUAGAUGGUACAUAUAUCAAUGUCUUGGUCCCAACCGCAAAUAAACCACGUUAUCGGACACGCAAGGGCCAAAUCUCUACAAACACUCUAGCUGCAUGUGAUCGGUACAUGUGUUUCACGUACGUGUUGCCUGGUUGGGAGGGAUCUGCAGGUGAUGCCCGCAUUUUACGUGACGUUGUAACUUGGCCACACGGGCUGAAAGUGCCCAUUGGUAAGAAUGUCCUUAUUUAG